GUGAUGUGACAAUGAUGGGCCCCAUUUUUGAUUUGCGAACCAUUGUACCGCUGAUCGGACUAUGCUACAAGUACUGGUUGAUGCUUGUAGGCGGUGGUCAGGUCGCCGACACUGCCGAGCGAGCCCUUCGUCUUUUCGAUGAACAAGCUGGCCGCCCCGGCUGGAAACAUACACAAUCACAGCGUUUUCUGUCGCCGCGCUGGACUGGAUUGGGCGCUGAUGAAGAGGCUGAGGCGCCGCUGCGGCCGCUGGCUGCUUGGGACAUCAUUGAACAG